AUGGCACAACCACCAGCCAGCCAUGUGCGGACACCCCUCCUGCCCGGCGUAUAUGUGCCUACCAUGACAUUCUUCGAUCCCGCCACUGAAGAUCUUGACAUCCCAACCAUCCGUACGCAUGCAGUACGAUUAGCCAAAGCCGGUGUAGCCGGGCUAAUCACAAUGGGCUCAAACGGUGAAGCCGUCCAUCUGUCCAGAGCAGAGCGUGCUCUUGUCACACAGCAUACUCGCUCAGCCCUCGACGAAGCGGGAUUCAAACAUACCCCAGUCAUAUCCGGUGCUACAGACCAAGGCGUUCGAGGCACCAUUGAAAUAUGUCGGGAAGCAGCAGAUGCAGGGGCGGAAUAUAUCCUGUUGAUUUCACCCAGCUACUACCGCGCCGCGAUGGGAGAUCAGAAUACCCUAUUCGAAUACUUCACAAAGGUGGCCGAUGGAUCGCCCUUACCUAUCAUACUGUAUAAUUUCCCCGGGGUUGUUUCUGGGAUUGAUAUGGAUUCGGACUUCAUCAUUCGCCUGUCACAGCAUCCCAAUAUCAUUGGGACCAAAUUCACCUGUGGCAGCACGGGGAAGCUGUGUCGUGUUGCCUCUGCCAUGAAUGCAAUUACCCCAGUCUCGCCAUUGGCGAAGGGGCCAGCAGAAACCACUGCUACAUCUCUAAUGUCCCCUCCAUACUACGCCUUUGGAGGCUAUGCGGAUUUCGCCCUUCAGACCCUUGUAUCUGGAGGUUCUGGUAUUGUGGCCGGGGGAGCCAAUGUGCUGCCUCGCCUGUGCGUGGAGGUCUUCAACCUCUGGAGCCAAGGGCAGCUGGCAGAGGCUAUGGAGAUGCAGAAGAUCCUUAGUGAUGGAGACUGGAUCAUGUCCAAGUAUACGAUACCUGGUACAAAGAGUGCGAUCCAGGCCUGCUACGGGUAUGGCGGGUAUCCCAGGGCGCCUAUGCCUCGUCUAACGGAGGCUCAGGAGAAAGAAGUUGCAGACAAGAUCAAGCCGGCGAUGGUGAUUGAGACGAAGCUCAAGGAUGUCGCAUAG